CGGGCCCCGCGGCGGCUCCGCUAUGGCCUCCACCGCCCGGCGUGACGCGCCCGAGCCGCCCGACUUCGGUAUCCUGAAGAGGCUGGCGCGGGACCAGCUCAUCUACUUGCUGGAGCAGCUGCCAGGCAGGAAGGACCUGUUCAUCGAGCCCGACCUGAUGAGCCCCCUGGACCGCAUCGCCAACGUCUCCGUCCUGAAGCAGCACGAGGUGGACAAGCUGUACAGGGUGGAGAACCGGCCGGCCCCCAGCACCAGCGAUCAGCUCUGCUUCCUCGUGCGGCCGCGGGUCAGGACGAUGCGGUACAUUGCAGACAUUGUCAAUGCUGACAAGAUGUCAGGGCGGAGCCGGAAAUACAAGAUCAUCUUCAGCCCCCAGAAGUUCUAUGCUUGUGAGAUGGUGUUAGAGGAAGAGGGAGUCUUUGGCAAUGUCACCUGUGAUGAGUGGUCCUUCUACCUGCUUCCCCUGGAUGAAGAUAUCAUCAGUAUGGAGCUGCCUGAGUUCUUCCGGGACUAUUUCUUGGAGGGAGAUCACCGCUGGAUCAACUCCGUUGCUCGAGCCCUGCAGCUGCUGAACUCCCUGUAUGGGCCAUUCAGCAGGGCCUAUGGGAUUGGGAGGUGUGCCAAGAUGAGCUAUGAGCUGUGGCGAGACCUGGAGGAGGAGAGCGAGAGUGAGGGGCAGGGUAGAAAGCCAGAGAUUGGGAACAUCUUCCUUAUGGACAGAGACACGGACUACGUCACAGCGCUGUGCUCGCAGGUGGUGUACGAGGGGCUGGUGGACGACACCUUCCGUAUCAAGUGUGGGAGUGUGGAUUUUGGGCCAGAAGUCACCUCUUCUGACAAGAGCAUUAAGGUGCUGCUCAAUGCCCAGGACAAAAUCUUCAGCCAGAUUCGGAACGAACACUUCUCCAGUGUGUUUGGCUUCCUGAGCCAGAAGUCACGCAACCUGCAGGCGCAGUAUGAUCGCCGCCAGGGCAUGGACAUCAAGCAGAUGAAGAACUUUGUCUCCCAGGAACUGAAGGGACUGAAACAAGAGCAUCGCCUGUUGAGUCUGCAUAUAGGUGCCUGUGAGUCCAUCAUGAAGAAGAAAACCAAGCAGGACUUCCAGGAGAUGAUCAAGGUUGAACACGGUCCCCACAGGGCUGACACGUGCUGGCUGGUGGGAGCCCCAGGGAUGGGAGAAGUGACUGCCUCUCCCCCCGCCACAGCUCUACUGGAGGGUUUUGACAUCCGGGAGAGCACCAGCUUCAUCGAGGAGCACAUUGACCGGCAGGUGUCCCCUAUUGAGAGCUUGCGCCUGAUGUGCCUGCUGUCCAUCACGGAGAAUGGUCUCAUCCCCAAAGACUACCGUUCCCUGAAGACCCAGUACCUGCAGAGCUACGGGCCUGAGCACUUGCUGACCUUCCACAACCUCAAGCGCAUCGGAUUGCUGACUGAGCAGACAGCUGGAGAGACCCUGACAGCAGUGGAGAGCAGAGUCAGCAAGCUGGUGACGGACCGAGCGGCAGGAAAAAUCACAGAUGCAUUUAACUCCUUGGCCAAGAAGAGCAACUUUCGAGCCAUAAGCAAGAAGUUGAGCUUGAUCCCGCGGGUGGACGGUGAGUACAACCUGAAAAUGCCUCCGGACAUGGCGUACGUUUUCAGCGGGGCCUACACACCCCUGAGCUGCAAGAUCAUCGAGCAGGUGCUGGAGCGCCGGGGCUGGCAGGGCUUGGAGGAGGUGGUGCGGCUGCUGAACGGCAACGAGUUCGCGAUGGCCGACAGUGCGCUGGAAGAGGGCGCGGGCGGGGACGCGCAGCGGGUCGUGCUGGCGCUCUUCCUGGGGGGCUGCACCUUCUCCGAGAUCGCCGCUCUCCGCUUCCUGGGCAAGGAGCGAGGCUGCAGGUUCAUCUUCCUGACCACCGCCAUUACCAGCAGCGCUCGCAUGAUGGAGGCCAUGGCCGAGGCCAAGGCGUGACGCCGGGCGGGGGGCGGCGCUGGCGGCUGCGGGGCGCCCCGUUCUGCUCAAUAAACGCCGCCGCGCCAUUGGGGCGGCAUUCAAAGCCGA